UAACUAUAACUAUAUAGAUGGCGUGCUCAAUGCAAGAAAUGCAUCAUACAUCUGCUUUAUCUACGCGUAAGAGAACUCCAUUGAUCGAUAAUAAUUGAAAUAUGAAUUUCAAGUUAAAAAAAUUAUAGUGGUUUAUAUUAGAGCGUUUAUAAUAUAAUCUAUUAAUUGCGUUUCUUAUCUUAGAAAAUAUUCAUGAUCAUAUAAUUUAAAUUUUUUAGACUUAUUUUAUUUUUUAUUUUUUUUUAUUUGUUUAUGCUUUGUUUUUUAUUUCAUUAUUAUUUAUAUAUAUAUUUCUAAUACUAUAAAAAAAAUAAAUAAAUAAAUAGUAUUAGUUAAUAAUUAAAAAAUUAAUAUAUUUUGUUUUAAUUUUUUAAUUAACAUAGGGUAACAAAAUGUUACGACAUUGGUAAGUUUUUAUUAUUAAAAUUUUAUAUAUUGUUUUAUAUAUUUAAAAAAAAAUCUUAUUUAUUAAGAAAAUUUUUUUUUAAAAAUAAAAAUUUGUUUUAUAUUUGCUCUAUGUAUGUUAAACAUUAUAUUUAAUAUUAUUAUAUAUUAAUAUUUUAAUAUAUUUCAAACUUACAUAAAUUUAAAUUAUGUAAAUUUGUGUAUAUUAUUUUAAAAUUUUAGGUUUAAAAUUGUUUAAUAUUAUGAAAAUUAAAAUACAAACAAAAAAUAUCGUAAAUUAAAAUUAUUAUUUAAAAUAGUUUUUGCUUAACAAAAAUUUGUUUCACAAUGAUUGUGCGCGUCAUGAAUGAUGUUUUUUACAGUAAUGAAUAUCAUAAUUUGAUGAUAUUUCUUAAUUCUUAUGAAACAUCUAAUAGUUUUUAUUAUUUCUAUAAUAUUUAAUACAUAAUAAGUAUGUAUUUUUAUUGUAAUAAUAUUAAAAGUGAAUAGCACAGAAAGUGAAAAAAUUUUUCUAAAUAUUUGAGGUUAUAUUAGAUUGUUUUGAAAAAUAAUCUUCCUUAUUAAUAUUCAUUAAUUAUAUAUUAUCUUUAAUAUUGAUAAUUACAAUCCUUGUGUUUAAUUGUUUAACUUAACAAUAUUAAUUUAACAAUAUUAUUAUAUAUUUUUAAUAAAAUUAAAAAAAUUAUUUCCCAAUUAUGGAAAUAAAAAAAAAAUAUCGGAAAUUAAAUAUCGCAAGUCAAGCCGAAAUUCUACGAUCACAUCAAAGAGAUGAUGACUUUGUUAAAUAUUUACGAGAAAAAGUUAUCGAUAUCUUACAAAUUUUGCAAAGGAAAACGGGUUUAUUACCCUUUAUUCACUCUGAUAUUCCGUUUAAAUUAGUUUAUUUUUUUUUUACAUCGGGAAUGGGCAAUCAAACGUUGGGUGAAGAAUAUACUGGACUUGUGCAAGCCAAUUUAAAAGCUUAUAAAGUUCCAUCUAUAUAUGCAAGAAUAUUGGCAGUAAUUUUAGAAUGUUUUGGUGAAAAAGCAUUGAUAAAAUUAUUAAAACAAUUGGAAUUAUCAAUUAAUCAUCCUCAUAGUAAAUUAACUCCUACAACUGUAACAUUUUUAAAUUCUUUCAUAUCAAAAAUGUAUACUAUAAUACCUAUUUUUAUAUUAUUGCAUAAAGGAUUAUUUUAUAUAUUUGGUCGAUACUAUAGUUUAAGUAAAAGAAUAGCAGGAAUAGAUUAUGCAAAGGUGUAUGGUCAUCGCCCUAUUGAUACUAUCAGUUCAGGAUUGAGACUAUUAGGAAUUGCUACACUUAUACAGUGUAUGUUGAAAAUCUGGCAAAAUUACAAAAGUGAAAAUCAUUUUGAGAAAUAUUCAAUACUUGAUGAGAAACAUAAUAAGUUGAUGUGCCAGUUGUGUCUUGAAAAAGUGCCAACAACUACCACACCCUGUGGUCAUUUGUUUUGUUGGUUUUGUCUUACUGAUUGGUUGCAUACUAAACCACAAUGUCCACUGUGUAGAGAACAUGUUGUACCUUCUAGGAUUGUACAUGUAAUGAACUUGUAAUAUUGUUUUUAAAUAUUUAAAAAGAUAAAUUAAUAAAAACGAUAUGCAAAUGUU